AUGUCGAGUGAAUAUUUUCUCCUUCACAAGGCUAUACGAUACGUUGUGGGUGUUGCUGCAGCCUCGUUUUUCACCGAAAUACGGGUCAUCGGAGGGGAGAAUGUGCCUAAGGAUGGCCCUAUCAUUGUUGCUGCGACCCACCAUAACAUGAUAUUGGACCCUAUUAUCCUCUCGACAAGUUUUCCUUACCAGCGGAUAUUACAUUAUUGGAGCAAAGCGAGCCUUUAUGCCAACCCGGUCGUACGAUACAUACUCCUUUCAACAGGAAACAUCCCCGUCGACCGCAAGUCCAAGGAUCGUCAAGUCUUGUUCAAAGGAACCUUUGAAGCGCUAGCCAAGGGUGGUGCUGUAGCGCUGUUUCCUGAGGGAACUAGUUACACCGAGCCGCGGAUCAUGCAGGUCAAGGAUGGUGCAGCUUGGGCAGCUUUGGAAUACACAAAAUGGCUCAAGGAGAACCCGGAAAAAGCUCCCUCCACUGAGGUGAAAAUUAUACCCGCAGCAAUAGUGUACACGAACAAGUCCAAAUAUCGGAGCAAUGUUAUCGUUGAGUUUGGGCGUCCAAUCUUAAUGGACGCGUACCUCAAACAAUUCAAUGACCCGACAGAGGGCGAGGCACGCUUGGCUGCAAAAUCUCUGACAAGGACGCUCGAGAAUGAGCUGAUUGAAUCCACCAUCAAUGCACCCGACUGGGACACACUGUAUACUGCCCGCAUAGCUCGCGAUUUGAUGUGGAACGACGAAAAAUCUAUAAAUAUGGAUGAGUUUGUGAUCAUAUCUCAGACGCUUGUCGACUUGUUUUCGACUACAGAUGCUACUGCUAAUUUCAUGUCAGCAAAGCGAAACUUGCUUGAAUACUAUUCAUUACUACAAUCAGCUAAUCUCACCAACUCUGUCCUCUCGGGCAUGCCGUUGCCCCGCUCAUUAGACCCCAGCGUGCCUACGCCUCUCCCUAGUCGCCUCAUCACCCUUCUCAUACUCUUACGUGACACACUAGCUUGCCUUGCCCGUCUACCUUUUUUCCUUUUCCCCGUUGUUGUUCAUAUACCUGUGUAUUUCAUGGCUCGGCUUGGGGCACGUCUGGUUGAGGAUGAGGAAGAGACUCAAGCCCAGAAUAAGAUCGUGUUCGGUUUACUUUCCAUGAUGAUGGUAUACCCUGCAGCGUUUUUCUUCUUGUGGGCCUUCCUCCGUUAUUCCUCCGCAGGGGCAUUGGCUGCUGCUGUUAUUGUGUAUCUUUUUGCGCGCUAUCAUAACACAUUAAUUGAUGAUAACUACGAACACGCGAAACGGCUAUACGCAACAUGGCGCGCCCUUAUCGGCGUUUGGGCGCCGAAGGGCAUGGAUCUCUCCCUCGCUGCCCUGUCGCAGUACACUACACCUGUCCUUCCGAAAGAGAAUCCCUGGAUAGAUAGACCGAACAGCUCCACCCCUGAACCUUCCGCUGCGCUCACGACACCAGGUGACGCGCGGACGGGCCUUCCUGGUCCAGCUGACCUCCUCACUGCAAACGAACCACCUGUCAGAUCGCGCCGGAAGCGCCGCCCUCCUACGCGGAGGAUCAUGCGACACAUCCUGCGUGCGCGAGUGGAAGCUGUGAAAGCGCUCGCUGUGUUCUUUGAUCAGCUAGAGCGGGGGGAGACGGGGAAGAAAGUGAAGGCGAGCAGGCAUUUAGCGAAGACAUAUGGGUUUGAGGAGAGCGGGGAAGGGUGGAGGAACGCUACUGAGGUUGUGAGGUUUUUGAGAGCCAAAGGGGCGAAGAUUCCGUCAGUGUCAUAUGUUCCAACGGAGGAGGACUGGAUAGCGUUGAGUAGCGAUGGGGAAGGUACCAGCACGCCUGUCGAGGAAUAAGUGGGAUUUGAUUGGACUCUGUUUUCUUGCUUUGUAUAUAUUGGUUUUGGAUGUAUUCGACAGGUUUUUGCUUGCU